CCAUUUCCUGUGAGCCGCCGCCAUUCCCAUUCCUUCGGGCGCAUCGCGUAAGUCGUAGUUCACCGAAGCGCUUCGAAGGAGAAGACGGACACGGCCUCGAUGGUAAUCGCCAUGUGUUUACGGAUUACUUUUCUGUAAUGUGUCCGUGCUGAAUAAGUAGGAAUGAUCAUCAAAGGGUUGUUUAGAAGAUAUGAAAGAUGGAACCCUGUGCAUCCAACUUUUGGAGCCUUUUGGGGGAUGGGAAUUGGUUUAGGAUGUGGUGUUGGAUGGGGUCCUGGUUUUGGCCCUGAGGUGAUUGGCUAUGUUGGAGCUGGCUGUGGCGUUGGGUUUAGUGUGGGCUUCACUAUGGCUGGCUUUGGCAUUGGUCUUCCUGCCAAUUAUCUCUUUCGAGUGCCAUACAACGUAGUUACGGCAGUCAGAAGUAAUGCUUCAGAGUUCAGCCAAUUUGGUGGUCUCAUUUCAAGGAAAAGCAUUGCUGGGGGUGGGUGGAAUUUUGCACCACACAUCUCAGUCUUCCGUACAGAAGCUGGCAGAAAGCUGCUGUCUAGCUUUAGGAGAAAACAUUUUUUUCAACCGACAGCCAACUUGUUUGACAUGAAUCUUCCAUUACAAUCUGGGGAUGUCUGGAAAUGUCUCGGAGCAUUUGGCAGUCGACUUGUUCAUCCUCGUAAGGGUCUGAAGGAUUGAUAUCAUAGAGAUCUCCCAGCAGAAAAUCAUACAUACUGUGGAAAUGGCUUAUGGUCACAUAAGAUUCAUUUUAGGAUAAUUUGAACUACACGUCGUUCGUGGGUGGCAGCUGAAGUGAAUUGCAGUGGCGAGAUUGUAUGUGUUAGCUAAAGUGGGACUGCAGAAAAUUUUGGAAGGCAAGCUUUGGCUGAGCAUACCCUUGACACUCAACGGAUCGACGGGAGAUGUGGAACGGCGGAAGAGGAACGACGAUACUAAUUGGUAGUUGUCCAUAUAUUGAAAGGAAGAGACACCUUGACAUUUAUUGCAGGUGCUAUUUUAAAGCAGUAAUCUUCUUUUUGUCUUUCUCAUUUAUCCAGACCACAUCUUUGAGGCAGGUUAAUAGCUUCAACAGGUAAAGCCAGCCUUAUUGAGUGAUAUGCCCUUUGUGAAUCUCUCUCUCUCUCUCCCUGACAAUUGAUAUCUCCGUAAAAAUUGGGUGAAA